UGCCUAACUUUCCUUCUUCUUCGACGACGCACGCUUUUUUCCCAUAUAUAUAUAUACAUGCACGAGCAAUUAUAUAUAUAUGCGGACCACAAUAUAUAACGGAGUAAGUUCCCGGUCAUUUGGUAUUUCUUAAACAUAUAAGUUUUCUAGUUUUGAGAAGAUCAAGGAGAGAGGAGUAAAUUAUGGACGAUUUGCCGCCUGGGUUUCGGUUCUACCCGACGGAGGAAGAGCUGGUUUCAUUUUAUCUGCAUAACAAGCUCGAAGGGAAGAGAGAGGAUUUGAACCGAGUUAUGGACCGGGUUAUACCGGUAGUGGAUAUAUAUGAGUCCAAUCCAUGGGAUCUCCCACAGUAUUCUGGAGUGCUUUGCUAUGGAGACCCUGAGCAGUGGUUUUUCUUCGUUCCCAGACAAGAGAGUGAAGCCCGCGGGGGAAGGCCAAGGCGACUCACGACAACUGGAUACUGGAAAGCUACGGGGUCUCCUAAUUAUGUCUACUCUUCCAACACCAGUCGCAUUAUUGGAGAGAAAAGGACCAUGGUUUUCUACAAUGGAAGAGCUCCUUACGGAAAAAAAACUGAGUGGAAGAUGAAUGAAUAUAAAAUCAGUGAAGGAGACGCGUCCUCGUCCAGCAGUGCUACUGCAAUCCCUUCGUUACAGCAGGAAUUUAGUUUGUGUCGAGUCUACCAGAAAUCAAAAUGCCUAAGGGCAUUUGACAGACGGCCGUCCGGAGUAGUAAUAGGUGAGCGGCCAGCAACGGCACAACAAGUUCAUCAUGAUCAUCGGGGUCUGAACCGUUCAAACACGGACAGAAUUAGAAGCUCCCCCGAGAGUUCAUCUUCUGGAGACCAUGACGGCCAUGAUCCCAGCUCUCUGCAGCCAGCUGGGCAAAGUCAUGAUCAUGAUGAUCAGAACAUGGGAAUGGCAGUUGAUAUUAAUGAUAGUACUAAUUACUUGUUGGAUUCUGAGCAGUUGAAUUGGUUCCAGGGGAUGGAUUAAUAGAUGGAAAACAGUACCAUUUUCAUCUGCUGAAUCAGGUGCAUGUACGUACGUAAUUCUUGUCCAAAUAUCCGUCACAAUUCUCUUUAAGGAAUGUCAUGGUCUAAGUGCUUAACCACUGGCCCUUUGGCCUUUAGGAAAUUGAGUUUGCCAGGUUUGACAAGUCAAAAUAGUCUUAGUUUGUUGGAUGUUGUAAUUCUGAUGAUUUCCAGAGACAGAAUAAAGUUGAGUUUUAUGUAUAAUAAGGGAAUAUUAAUGCAAAAAAACAUUUGAGGGUGGUAAUUAAUAAUUAUCUAA